UUUCUUCUUUAAUACAUACUCCGAUUUAGGAUUUUUGUUCACUGAGGAGUUGGAAUUUUGGUCACGCGGACCCAUCUAAUUGAUUGCUGCGCAAUGCCUGGUGCAGGAGACGAGGAGCCGAUGACGGUGAUGAGGGACGCGCUGCUCUCGCAGCUCCACAUGGACCGCCUUCGCCAGGAGAUCAUCGUGGCCGAGCUGGCCAAGAUGGAGCGCGCCACGGCCCCGCGCUCCGUGGCGCCAUUGGACGGCGUGGCCGCAGCAGAUGCUGGGCGGUCUAGGCCGUGUCCGUUCAGUGCCGAGCAGCUCAUGGCCCUGCGCGCCGCCACGCCGAUGCCAUUGCUCGGCCUGGCCGCCACAGAUGCUGGACGGUAUGGGCUUUUGCCAUUCAGCGCCGAGCAGCCCUUGGCCCUGCGCGCUUCUGCCGGUGGGCAACAGACCACAUCGAUGCCAUUGCACAGUGUGGCGGCCGCGGAUGCUGGACGAUCUACGCCGUGGCCAUUAAGUACCGAGCAGCCCAUGGCCCUGCGCGCCGCGGCCAGUGGCCAACAGACCACGCCGAUGCCAUUGCGCGGCGUGGCCGCCAUAGAUGAUGGACGGCCUAAGCCGUGGCCGUUAAGCACCGAGCAGCUCAUGGCCCUGCGUGCUGCGGCCGGUAGCAACCAGGCCACGCCGAUGCCAUGGCACGGCGUGGCCGCCACAGACGCUGGACUGCCUAAGCCAUGGCCGUUCAGUUCCGAGCAGCCCAUGUCCCUGCUUGCUGCCGCCGGUGGCCACCAGACCACCCCGAUGUCAUUGCACGGCAUGGCGGCUGCAGAUGCUGGACCGUCUAAGCCGUCGCCGUUCAGUGUCCAGCAGCUCAUGGCCCUGCACGCUGCGGCCGAUAGCGACCAGGCCACUCCGAUGCCGAUGUACGGCACGGCUGCCGCAGAUGAUGGACGGUCUAAGCCAUGGCCGUUCAGUGCAGAGCAGCCCAUGGCCCUGCUUGCUGCGGCCGGUGGCCACCAGACCACCCCGAUGUCAUUGCACGGCAUGGCCACCGCAGAUGCUGGACCGUCUAAGCUGUCGCCGUUCAGUGUCCAGCAGCUCAUGCCCCUGUGCGCUGAUGCUGGUGGCCACCAGGCCACGCAGAUGCCAUUGCACGGCGUGGAUGCCGCAGAUGCUGGAUGGUCUAAGCCGUUGCCGUUCAGUGCCGAGCAGCCCAUGGCCCUGCGCUCUGCAGCCGGUGACCACCAGGCCACGCCGAUGCCAUUGCACGGAGCGGCUGCGGCUGCAACUGAUGCUGGACGGUCUAAGCCGUGUCCGUUAAGCGCCGAGAAGCUCAUGUCUCUACAGAAUGCAGAGUUUGAUGAGCAUAAACUGCCUGACUCCAAUAAGGCUGUUCCGCCGAGUAAGACGUCGCUUGCGGAGAAGUCGGAAUUAACAGGAAUAAGCAUUCCAGUUAAGAAGCUCAAACCACCCAAGAAAUGGAACUGCACCGUCUGCCAGGUGCAAGCGACCUGUGAGAAGAACUUACAGAUGCAUUAUGCUGGGCAGAAGCACUUGGCAAAUGUAGCAACACUGGGCCCAGGAACUAAGCCAAGUGAUCAGAAGGCGAAAGCACCAGUAGCAGAACCUUCUCUUGGCACAGAGCAGAAGAAAACACCCUCGAUAAAUUGGAGUUGCAGUACCUGCCACGCCCGCGGUACAUCCAAAUCGACAUUUGAUGCGCACCUCCAAGGCAAAAGACACCAGCAGAACAUAGCAGAAGCAUCCGUAAAAGGCGAUGGCGAUGGCAAUGGCAAUGGCGCACCGAAGAACGCCGCCGCGGCGGGGGAAGCAAAAUCGGAUGACGACACUAUGCCGAAGCGUUCGGAGAAGCCAUCACCGGCCUGGAGCUGUAGCAUUUGCCAAACUACAUGCACCUGCGAAACAGACUUGAAGAACCACCUGAGGGGCGCCAGACACCGAGAGAAGGUCCAGUCCCUGCUUGAAGAGAGCAAGAACAUGGCAAGGAAUCCUGAGACAAACUUGAAGAAAAACAAUGCACCACAAAUGGUCAAGAACCAAGGACCGCACCCGGCAUGGAACUGCACGAUGUGCCAGGCCAAAUGUUUCUCCAAAUCUCAGUUUGAGAAUCAUUGCAGUGGCAGCAGGCACCAACAGAAUAUUGAGGCGAUACUCGGCAAACGCGAGACCGCGAGAGCGAGCAGCUCGAGGACUGCAAAUGAACCAGCUUCGGACUGCAAGAACGCAAGCUCGGAGAAGGCGGAGAAGAAGGCGACGCUGUACUUCUGCGAGGUCUGCAAUUUGCUGUGUGGCAGCAGUGAGAUGCUAGUAAGCCAUCGUUAUGGGAAGAGGCACCGGGAAAAGCUCAGCACAAGGAAAUGAAGUGCGUUUUGUGGGUCUGCAAAGGAAUUGUGGCUUUUGUAGGGAAGGUUGCGAAGCACGACUUUGUGGGUUGGUUUUUGCUCGACUGCAUGGGUUACCUUUCAUAUGGUUAGCACUUCUUUUAAACUCGCAGAAGUACCGUCUCUCUUUUGAACUCGGGAGUAUAAGCUAUGCGUGUAUUUCUAGACCAUCAACUUUACGGACCAAAUGGCAAACGUUCGCUAGGGA